AGCUCUACACGGCCGCAAACGAUAUNAAUUUUAUUCAUGAAAAGCCAAAAUAAAGCCUCAUUUCAAUCCAUAGGCCUGCUCAUUGUGCUGAUCGCUGUUGGGACAUUCUUCGUGAUACGAGCGAUUCGUGAUCGUCGACGAAAUCACGGCGAGUAUCGUCCACAAUUCGAAGAACUUCAUCAUGCCAAAGAUUUGCCCUACCUUCAGCCCCCAGCUGUUGAAGGGCUUAUCUAA